AUGUUAUAUAUCUGUCUAUUACAGCAGGUCGCUGAAGAGUUUAGCCAUACGGUUCUUCAUAGGAACAAACCUCGUCCCAAAGCGGGUAACGCCGACAGCGAUUGCCACGAAUCUUCUACACAGACCGGUGCAAAAAGAACAUCUGCAAUGACUGGUCCCAGAUUGGCUAACCCUUCAGCCAUAAAGAAGCCUAAACACGGUGGACUGGGCGCAGGUAAUAAGGUGAAGAAUCCGCACGUGUGCGAUUCUCCUGAUGUUGUGGUCAGCGCGGAGCGUUGUCAACUACACACCAAACGACCCGAUGGAGCGCUACCGGACAAACGCAGUAUCAUAAUGCAAGACAAUGGCCUAGAAAGACGCAAAGUAUUUCUGAUUACAGAUAAUUUUUCCUCUUUGAUAUGUUGA